AUUGAAUUUAACUACCGCUGAUCCCUCCUCAACAUGUCGCUCUUACUUCCUAAUGACAUCCUCCUCCUGGUUGGGGAGUAUGUGGAAGACUACCGGGAUCGAUACAACCUGCUCUUUGUCUGCCGCCAUUUUCACGACUUGUUCCUACGGUUGGUCUACCAAGCAGCGUCCUUGAAGGACUGCUCCCAGACACGUUCCUUCUUAGGAGCUCUGCUCCGUCGUCCCGAGCUGGCUCGGGCCGUUCGCACCCUGGACUUUCACGACUGGUCCACUUCCACUCCUUCCACUCACUCUGACGAAGACCUGGCGCCGUUAAUCCAAUGGGCCCACACACUCAGCCAUACCGCAGAAGAACACAUAAAAUGGGAACAGGAUCUCCGGGACAAUGUUGAAGAGGCUUGGAUUGCGCUUCUCCUGCCGCUGGUGAGCAAUCUGAGGCACCUGCAAUUGGUCUACCCCAAGCAGAACCUCUAUUUGGACCGCAUGAUGCAGCGGGUUGUGCGGGGAGAGAAGCCUUUUGACGAUCAACCCGCGCUCCGCGUAUUGCGGGAGGUUUCUUUGACCCAUUUAGCCGAUGAGGACAGCCGGGGAAGCUAUCAGCCAUCUCAGGUCCUUCCUUUCUUCCAAUUGCCAUCCAUGCGGACGUUUUCGGCGGACUCGGUCAUUGAGUCUACCCGCUCACAGGAGGGUCAGUCGGAGUCAGUCCAGCCUGUCGAGAUUUCGAUGCCCGGCACCUCGCCCAUUUCCGAAAUCACGCUUAAUGCGAGCAACGGCUCCCAAGGCAUGCAGAGCUUGAUUGCCUCCUGCUCCUCACUCAAAUCCUUCAAGUACCAGCACUCUGACGAGCACUUGCUUGCGGAGGGGUUCCGGCCCUCUGCAUUCUUGGAGUCGCUCGCAGGCAGUAAGGACAGCCUGCAGACCCUCUGGCUGGAUAACUACGGCACUCACCUACCCUUCACCAUUGCCGGGGCGAACGAGACGCACGACGAGUGGUUUGGGCCUCUGAUGGAGUUUACAUCCUUGAAGGAGAUCCGCAUCCGCCUGCCCAACUUGCUGGAUGUGCGCUACCAGUAUGAACCGUCGUGUCCACUCACGGAUGUGCUCCCGUCGUCAGUGGAGUCGCUCUACGUGGAAGGGUGCAAGGAGAAUUCGUUGGGAAUGUUGGUUGCACAGUUGAAAGCGGUGCUCAACAAGCGCAAGACACAGUUUGCGGGGCUGAAGCGAAUCGACAUUGAAGGCUUCUUCCAUGACGAGGAUGACGAGGACGCAUCAGGCUACCAGCCAGGGGGACCAGGCGAGAAGGUCAUUAAGCCCCGAGUAUAUGAGACGGCUGAACCGCUGCACCGUUCCUGUGCCGAAGCGGGCAUUGACCUGUAUGUCCGCGACCGGGCAUGUUUGGCAACAAUGAGAGAGAUGGCAUGA